UCCUCAUCGAAAAAACAUACAACUUUUUUUUUUUUCCCUUCUAGUUUCCCUUUAACCUUUCCAUCUUCUCCAAACCUUAAAGAAAAAAAAGAAAAACUUGCAUGCAAUGGCAAUUGAUUGCAUGAGCAACAUAACUACUCAUACAACAAAAAAGUGUGAAAACUCAAACAAUGAGAAAAACACCAAUAACUCACCAUUUGUAUUUGAUGCUUCAAUUCUUAACCACCAAUCCAACAUACCACAACAAUUCAUUUGGCCAGAUGAUGAAAAGCCGAGCCUCAUUCGCGCUGAAGAGUUAUCUGUCCCCCUUAUCGACCUCCAGGGUUUCCUUUCAGGGGACGCUGGGGCAACCCUAGAAGCUACCAACCUUGUAGGUGAAGCUUGUCUUAAACAUGGCUUUUUCCUAGUGGAAAAUCAUGGUGUUUGUGCUAAGUUAAUCAAAGAUGCUCACAAGUUAAUGGAUGAUUUCUUUGAGCAACCCUUAACCCAGAAAGAGAAGGCUCAGAGGAAGCUAGGUGAGCAUUGUGGCUAUGCUAGUAGCUUUACAGGUAGAUUCUCUUGUAAUCUUCCAUGGAAGGAGACUCUCUCCUUCCAGUUCUCUCCAGAUGAGUCAUGUUCAUCAUCUUCUGCAAGUGUUCAGGACUUCUUUCACAGUAAACUGGGUGCUGGUUUCGAUCACUUAGGGAAGGUGUAUCAAGACUAUUGUGAGGAAAUGAGCAAACUUUCACUAAGAAUCAUGGAGCUUCUUGGUUUAAGCCUAGGAAUAAGAAGAACACAAUUUAAGGAGUUUUUUCAAGGGCAUGAAUCCGUUAUGAGGUUGAACUACUAUCCACCAUGUCAAAGACCCGACUUGACACUCGGAACCGGGCCUCAUUGUGACCCGACUUCAUUAACAAUCCUUCAUCAAGAUCAAGUUGGUGGUCUUGAAGUUUUUGCAGAUGGAAAAUGGCGUUCAAUUACACCCAAUUUCAACACUUUUGUCGUAAACAUUGGUGACACUUUCAUGGCUCUAUCGAAUGGAAGAUACAAGAGUUGUCUGCAUAGGGCGGUGGUAAACACCGAAAAACCGAGGAAAUCACUAGCAUUUUUUCUAUGUCCAAGUAAGGAUAAAGUGGUAAAACCACCAACAGAACUUGUUGACAAUGAGAACAACCCAAGGAUUUACCCUGAUUUUACAUGGCCAAUGUUGUUAGAGUUUACACAAAAGCAUUACAGAGCUGAUAUGAACACUUUAAAGGUGUUUUCUGAAUGGGUCCAACAACAACAACAAAAAGCUCAUCAAGUGGUAGAAAAAAUGUGACCUUAAUUUUGUUGGAAUUUUAUCCCUUAUUUAGUAAUAUUCCUUUAUUUGGCAUAAAACCAAGAUAUUGGAAAUUAAGGAGAAGAAAAGGAGAGAGAAAGAGAGAGGGAUAUGAAUAUAUGAUGCAUUAUUAUGAUAUAAUAUUAGAAAGAGAAGUGUUAGACAGUCUGAUCGAAGACUUGAACGAUGAAGCUGAGCAUGCGUAGUUUUCUUUCCUCAAUUAAUAUUUAUGUGUAGUCAUUAAUUAGAGUUUAGAUGAGAUGAUGAUGAUAUAAGAAGCGAAAAAGGUAGUAGAUUUAGAGUCAAAUUUUGGUUUUUCUUUCAUGAUGUAUAAAAUUUUAUGUCGUAAUAAUAAUAUAUUACUAUUUUAUAUUAA